AUGGCCACCGCACCCUCGCAAAACUACGACUACCUGCGCCGCAAGCAGAGCACAAAAGCACCAGGCGCUACGACUAUCACACCGGUCCGCAAACCCACACGCACACCCAGCGAGCGCAACAGCAAUGGCACAGUCAGCUCAUACGGCACAACGCAGACAAACAACACAAACAUCACAGAGCCCCCGCAAUUCUCCAAGAAGCUCGUCGUCGUCGGCGACGGCGGUUGCGGCAAGACAUGUCUGCUGAUCAGCUACAGCUCCGGCAACUUUCCAGAGAAAUACGUGCCAACCGUGUUUGAGAACUACAUCACCCAGACGCCGCAUCUGCCCACCGGUAAGAUGGUCGAGCUGGCGCUGUGGGAUACUGCCGGACAGGAAGAAUACGACCGCCUGCGACCGCUCUCCUACCCAGAAACUGACAUCAUCUUUGUUUGUUUCGCCAUCGACUGCCCCAACUCGCUCGAAAAUGUCAUGGACAAGUGGUACCCCGAGGUCCUCCACUUCUGCCCCACAACACCGCUGAUGCUUCUUGGUCUCAAGUCCGAUCUUCGCAACAAGAAGAACUGCAUUGAGCUGCUCAAGACCCAAGGCCUGACGCCUGUCACACCGGACCAAGGCCGUGCUGUCGCCAAGAAGAUGGGCGCCAUGUACAUGGAGUGCAGUAGUAAAGAGCAGGAGGGUGUCGAGGACAUCUUCGACACAGCCGUCACCAUCGCUGUCGGCGAUGAGUGGAAGACACCAGCAGACAUCCGCAGAGAGACCGUUUCAUCGUCAGCACCUGGGCGGAGUCCCACCUCCAUGUCCGACAUGCCUGUUAAGAAACAGAAGAAGAGCAAGGGGUGCACCAUCCUCUAA